AUGGUGGUAACUCAAGGUCCCGAAAAUUUCUACGGUAGCAACCUACCCAGGCCCCAAAUCUACACCGAUAUCAAGUUCAACGACGAACGGGUCAACCCGCUUUCUUCGAUUACCGACCUGUUGAUGACGUGGGCCAAGGAGGCUCACUGGUCCAUGGACAAACUCAGCUUCAAGCACCUCCGCCUCCAAGGCCACAUUAGAGGCAACGUUACGAAGCUCCGCCCCCAACGCAAGAAAUUUCUCAAAAGCCGAAGUCGAUUCUCCACCAAUCUGAUUGCCGAUCUAGACAGCAAUUUGGACGAUGAUGAAGAUAACAAGGAUUCAAGCCCAUUGCAGCCUGUAACACCGAUGGUGACAAAGCAGCAGAGGCGGUUCAUGGUGGUGAUCGAAGAGGAAGAUGAUCGUGAGGAUGUAGAUCUGGAGUUAAAGAAUUGA